GCCGGGCCCAACCCAGCGCCACUCUGUAAAAUCGCUUCCAGUUUGUCUUCCUCCAGAAAAACCCUACAGUUCAUCCCUCUCGACGCGCCGCCGCCGUCUCGCCGCUGCCCACCCAGAUUGACGGCUCCAAUUGGCGCCCAUGGCGGAAGAAACCAACAUAAAAAAGGAGGAAGAGGAGUUCAGCACCGGUCCUCUCUCGGUGCUCAUGAUGAGCGUCAAGAAUAAUACCCAGGUUCUUAUCAACUGCCGGAACAACAAGAAGUUGCUUGGUCGCGUGCGAGCCUUCGAUCGGCACUGCAACAUGGUUCUUGAGAAUGUUCGUGAGAUGUGGACCGAGGUACCGAAGACCGGUAAAGGCAAGAAGAAGGCUCUCCCGGUGAACAAGGACAGGUUCAUAAGCAAGAUGUUCCUCCGCGGGGAUUCGGUCAUCAUCGUCCUCAGGAACCCGAAAUGAGUACCCUGUACACGUAGAGAGUCUGUUUGCUAGCAGUACGUUGUGCUAUUGGGUGUAAGGUGUAUGCCAAAUGCUCAAAGCAUGGGAGUGUAAGUCGCGGCAGAAUUCGCUAUGUGUGUUGAUGGUGGGGGAUUCAGCUUAAGGCAGGAUGCUAGGGCUGGAUUUUGCUUCUUGUAGCAGACUUGAACAGGAUGCUUCUUUGAUGUAUCGACAGACCCCACUGCUUGAAUCACCGGUUCCGAUCCGUGUAUCGCAUACAUAGUGUA